UUUGGUGAAAGGAUAAGAACUAUUGUGACAAAUAUCACGCCACCACGUUUAUCACAAUUACAAUUGAUUGCUAACCUUUUCAAACAGUGCUGAUUCGAUACGCAGAACAUAUAUCAAACAUCCCCACUAAUGGUAUUUUCAAACAGCAACAAAGCUUUCAGAGCUAAAGAAUGUCUGACAACUAUUGAGGGUUUAGAUUAUACUGGAACCGUAAAUUCAACACGCAGUGGAUUUUCCUGCAGGGAAUGGACAAGAGUAGCUCUCAAUAUGACUGAAAACACAAAACAGCUGCUUGGAGAUUCACAUAACUAUUGUCGAAAUCCUGAUAAUGACCGAUAUGGACCUUGGUGUUAUACAUAUGAUCAUGAACCUGAUGCAGAACAAUGGGGAUAUUGCGGUAUUCCUUUUUGUGAUGAAGGGGCCAAUUUCCCAGGAUAUCAAAAUUGGAAACAUGGCUGGCAAAAAUAUGAAGAUUCUUGCUAUAUAAUCCAGUAUACACUACAAACUUGGGAUGAGGCUAAGAACCUCUGCCAAGAUAACCAAAAUGCGUAUUUAGCUGAAAUUAAAACUGCCAGAGAAAACAGCUUCCUGAUGAAUAUCCUUCCCAAGCCAAACAUAGAUACAACUGGUUUGGCUGGAGAGAUUUGGCUUGGUGCAAAUGCUUUAAAAGCCAAAAGACAAUUCAUCUGGAACACUAGUUCCACCUACUUGGAUUUUACUGACUGGGGACCUGGCGAGCCUAAUGGGCGUUAUUAUGAACACUGUCUAUCAACUCACAUGUACAAUGAUGGUAAACUUCAUUGGAACGAUAGGGCAUGCUCAACGAAGCACUUCUUUGUGUGUGAAAAAAGUGUUGGACCUUCAGGAUGUGGAGAGUAGGAUCCAAC